GUGGGCGGGACAUGGAGAAGCCGGCAGACGGCGAGUGCGGGAGGGGGACCUGAAGCCGGUUGGUGCUUGAGAGGGCUUGUUGUAGUUGGAAGAUCCUUCAAUCACUAUGUCAAGCAACACAGAUGUUUCUCUUUCUUCAUAUGAUGAAGAUGAGGGAUCUAAACUUAUCCGAAAAGCUAGAGAGGCACCAUUUGUCCCCAUUGGAAUGGCAGGUUUUGCAGCAAUCGUUGCAUACGGAUUAUAUAAAUUGAAAAGCAGAGGAAAUACUAAAAUGUCCGUUCAUCUGAUCCACAUGCGUGUGGCAGCCCAAGGCUUUGUUGUGGGAGCAAUGACUCUUGGUAUGGGCUAUUCUAUGUAUCAGGAAUUCUGGGCAAAACGGAAACCUUAGAAGAAGAGAUGCUGUCUUGGUCUUGUUGGCGGUGCUUGCUUUAGUUUGACAUCUCAUAUUGAGGUUAUAUGUUUAUGUUGAAAAUAAAUCGGUUGAGUGGGUCAGACAAUAACAUGGUAAUUUGAACACUGGCUUCCUUUCUUGCAGGUUUGAUUUGCCUGGUGACCAAGUUACUGGUGACUAGUUCACUGGCCAGGUCAUUCAGGGGAGUCAGAUUAGCACAAAAGAAACAUGUCACUUUUAAAUGCACUUGGUGGUAGUAAAAUGUUCACCUUCUUAAACUCUCCUGAUAAAAUUAGUUCUACAGAAGACAACAUGCCAGUCCCAAGUACUCCCAGUUGCUGCAGAAUAUCACAUGCUUUUGAUGUAACGUUGGAAUCCUGUUUACCUUAGUUAAUUUAACUCUUCUGACUGCCUUGUGGACUGAGUACUCAGUUUUAAGGGCUGGUUGGUCUUAAACCUGGCCCUGCAACUGACCGUAUGUGUGUGUUUUUAAGUCAAAUGUAAAAGCUGAUAACAGAGCAUCCUAGUAGUAUUUAUUUCAGAAUCAUACUUGUAAACAGAAGAAUAACUUAAUUACAGAUCCCCAUUUAGUUCUUUUGUAAUUGCAGAAUUAUAUUUUGCUGCUGUUAUAUUAGAAUAAUUUUUAGAUGUCAUCUUGAAAUAGAAGUGUAUUUUAAGUGCUAAUGCAAAGGUAAAUGAAAAAUACUUAUAUUCUCUGUAAGAAUCAUAAAUGUUACACUAAAUAAAUUAUAAUGGAAGUGAUUAAUGAUUUAUAAGCAAGCUGGUUUGGUGAGACGUUAUAAACCACCUUUGGUAUAUUACAGAAAACUUGUUGCACUUGUGAAAUUCUCUUGUCUAACCUGAAUUUACAUUCCAUGGUGAUAACAUGGUAAAUGUAGUGUUAAUAAAGUAAGUGAACCUAGCAAA